AAAAUGAAAAUGAACCUUUACAACUUAACCUCUCGUUGAAUUGGUCAUUGAUUGAGAGAUUCGUUGUCAAAUUUUUUGUAAUACAAUAAAUUUAAAUAUAAAUAACAAUGUCGAAAUUAGUUCCAUUGGUAAUGACUGGAGCAAAAAAGGCUUACACUGUAGCCAAGCCAGAAGCCGUAAGAUUUAUGCGAUAUGCUAAAGUGGAAUUAUCUCCACCAACUUUGGGAGAUUUACCAGCAAUUCGACAGGGUUUCGGUAAAUUGAUUCAUGCAGCCAAGAGUGGAAGCUACAAAAAUCUCACUGUUCGUGAAGCUUGGCUCAAUACCCUAGUUUUUAUUGAAGUUUGGUGCUGGUUCUUCAUCGGUGAAGUGAUUGGCAAGAGGCAUCUCGUUGGUUACAAAGUUUAAACUGUCAAUAUAUUUAAAUAUCUUGAAAUGGAUAGAUGUCAUUAAUUAGAUAUAUCUUUAAUUAUAAUAAAAAUAAUGUUCAGAGUCAUCAAUAAAUAAAUUGCCGUAAAAUGUUUAA